GCAUGUACUGCUGAGGCUGGAGGAGAGGAAAGAGGAGGCUGUUACCAUUUAACAGAGGAAAUAUAUUGGCGGUGUGUUUGGGGCGUUAAUGAAUGGAAUCAACGUGCUUCUCCAGCUCUCAGCGCCUCGCUUGCCAGAUCAUGAAUCCGGACUUAUUUAAAGCUAGUCCUGAACGGGCUGCUGCUCACCCGGCGAAACCGAACCGAGGCAAAUUGGAACAGUCCCGAUCGGAACUGGCUCAUGUCGUGAACGAUUCCAAGACGGGGAGAUGUUACUGCAAAGGAAAACUGCUGGGAAAGGGCGGAUUUGCACGCUGCUAUGAAAUGACGGAUAUUGCCAACAACAAGGUGUAUGCUGUGAAAGUAAUACCCCAAAGCAGAGUGGCAAAACCGCACCAGAGAGAAAAGAUAACGAAUGAGAUUGAGCUGCACAAAACGCUUCAUCACAAACACAUAGUGAAGUUCUCUCAUCAUUUUGAAGACCAAGAAAACAUCUACAUAUUCCUAGAGCUUUGCAGUAGAAAGUCUCUGGCGCACAUAUGGAAGGCACGGCACACAUUGACAGAUCCCGAAGUGAGAUACUACCUCAAGCAGAUUAUAUCAGGACUGAAAUACCUCCACAACAAAGGGAUUCUUCACAGAGACCUCAAACUAGGUAACUUUUUCGUCAAUGAGAACAUGGAGUUGAAACUGGGAGAUUUCGGAUUGGCAGCCAAGCUUGAACCAGUGGAACAGAGGAAAAAAACUAUUUGUGGUACCCCAAACUAUUUGGCUCCUGAAGUCCUGAACAGGCAAGGGCAUGGACCAGAAUCUGAUGUUUGGUCACUGGGUUGUGUCAUGUACACCUUACUGUGUGGUAACCCCCCCUUUGAGACUUUGGACCUAAAGGAGACCUACAGGUGUAUUAAGGAAGUAAAGUACACAUUGCCGCCCUCCCUUUCACCAGCUGCUCAGAAGCUGAUUUCUGGGGUUCUGCAGCGCAACCCCUGUGAUAGACUGACGCUGGAUCAAAUCCUCAACCACGAGUUCUUCACUAAAGGUUUCACCCCCGACAAACUGCCUCCCAGUAGCUGUGUUAUGGUGCCAGAACUUAACCCUCCGAGUCCUGCCAAAAAGUUCUUCACAAAGAUGGCCAAAAGCCUCUUUGGCAAAAAGAAAUCUAAAGUUGAGAAGAGCCCUGUUGAGGAACAUGAUGAGAUCUCCAAGCUGGUUACUGGAAUUGUCAAGAGUUCGAUCAGCCGACAGAUGAGCUACAAGACUGUGGAGGGAAACGAGGCUACCUCUCCCAGUGGACAGCUCGCCAGCUCUGUCCCAUUGGACACCCAGGCUGAGGAAGAAUCCAGGAAGUCCACUUCACGAUCCUUCAAAGGCGUGGCCAGCAAUACGGAGGCCUGUGAAGAUGGCAUCACUGCUGCUGCAGUGGCUGACUCAGCAAUUAAGGUUUUAAAUAACUGCUUGUCUUCCAUGCCUUUAGCUUCAAGGAACCCCCGCUGUCUGUCCAGGCCCAAGCCUUUUAUAUGGGUCACCAAAUGGGUUGAUUAUUCCAACAAGUAUGGGUUUGGCUACCAGCUGUCCAAUCAGAAUAUUGGUGUGCUGUUCAACGAAGGGACACACAUCAGUCUGUGUGAUCAGCGCAGAACUGUCCACUACUAUUUGACGGAUAGUAAACACUUCACAUUUCCGGUCUCGGCGGUGCCUGAACAGCUUCGAAACCAGAUGCAAAUUGUCGAAUAUGUUGCGAACUACAUGGAACAGAACCUGAUGGAGGGUGGAGACCUCCAGUGUCGUGAAUACCAGGGAUCCUCCUCCCUGCUCCUGCUGCAGUGGGUGAAGACGGACCAUGCAUUGGUCAUGCUCUUCAGCAAUGGAACGCUGCAGGUGAAUUUCUACACGGACCACACCAAAAUCAUCCUGUGCAAGUGUGAUGACUCCUACCUCCUGACCUACAUUAGUAAAGAGCGAGUAUCCUACACCUUCAAACUGAGCACUCUGGCUGAACAGGGCUGCUCUGCGGAGCUCCGCCACAGGCUCAGAUACGUCAUGCAGCUGUUACAACAUCGGGCAGACCCAUAAAUAAGAGGACUCCUAUGGACUCCAAAUCUGGAGCCAUUAUUCUCUGCUUUGCUUCUAUUGGGGAGCGGAUGAUGGGACUUUGUUACAGGGAAUGUCGCAAGGUCUUUGGCUAGUGUCUGGCCUCUUUGGACUAUGGUGCACAGAUUUUUUUCUUUUUUUAAAAGGGGAGAGGCAGGGGUUUCUUUUGACUGCAAUAUCACUACUGUCUUGACACCUGCGCACAACUUGAUCUACCUGCCAUUACCCAACCCUUCUGCUGCUGAUCGUGUAGAGGUCACAAAUAAUGGGUAACUACAGAACCCACAUUCAUUGUGUCUCUGUAUACUCGGCCAGUAGGAGCUUUUUAUUUUUUUUAUGCUUUAAAAUCACUUGUUUUAAGCAUUUCUUUUUAAAGAAGGAAACAUUCAAUUUCACGAAUGGUGCACAUAUAAUUGGAGAAAAAAAAAUGUGGAAUUUGCACUGUAAAGCUGUUGGGGGGAGGGGGGGGUUCUUUUAUCACCAUUAUUGGCAGUUUAUUUUUAUUUCAUUUUUAAACUAUAGAUGCCAAAUGUAGGUCAUUCCUUUUAAAAGUUUAACAAAAAUAGAACUGGGAAGGAAAAAGUCUUAGGUUCUGGUAGAAGAAAGUGGUUGUGGUCUGUGAGCUGAUGGAAGUAAUGACCAAACUUUACAUAUGAAUGUGAAAGAAAGGAGAAAGUGCCUUUUGGUGAUGUGUAUAAUGUGCAAUAAUUCUCCUCUGGGUCUGUUUGAUAGGGUUGAAUACACGGUAAAAGGGAAUUUGAGAUGACGGGUGGGAAUAUAUUUUGAAAAUAUGGCCAGAUAAGGGAGAGAAUUCUGAGAAAAUAAGGUUAGCGAUCAGUAUAUCCCUACUUUCAAGAAAGGAUAUAUUACAAGAUCAAACCUGGUCUUCACUAUGGAGUCAAAAGCUUCAGAUUUAGAUCAUAUUCUUUGUCCUUGUAAUUUCAGUGACUUGUUAGUAACUGUUAACUUUUUUUUUGUUAGCUAUGUGAUGUCUCAUUCAAACCUACCCUGAUAUCUUAUUCCUGUGUGAACUGUGACUUUCAGCCUAAGUGUUACAAAACCUGCAAAAGUAUUGUGAUUUCAGGAACCCAAAAAGGCUUCAUCAAUGACUUCUUUCACUGCAUCUGGAGAUAUUUAACUUUUUUUUUUGUCAACCACAUUGGUCCCGUCUUUAAUAAUGUAUUUAUUUUUAUUUAUGUUUUCUUAUUUAUUGAUGUAUAUCUUGAGUGUAGUGUGGACAGCAAGAAAGGUGAAAUGUGACCACUUUUAUGUGUGGGUGUAAUAAAGCUUCAUGGAAAAAACA